AGACCUCAGAAAGGAGAGGAAUAACCUGGAGAAGAUGAGGGCUGAAGCUGACGCACAAUUCAGCCUACUGGACAAGCGAAAGGCAGACAUGAUGAAGCAGCAGAAAGAGUUGGAUGACACUUUGGAAGUCGUGAGAAAAGAGAGAAAUGAUCUUGCAAAAAUGAGGGCUGAAGCUGAUGCACAAUGGAGCUUGCUGAACCACAGAAAGGAGGAAGUAAUCAAGCAACAGAAAGAGGUAGAUGACAGCUUGGAAAUUCUAAGAAAGGACAGAAAUGACCUGGAGAAGAUGAAGGUUGAAGCUGAUGCAGAGAGGAGCCUGCUGGACCGGAAAAAGCUGGAAAUAAUUAAGCAGCAAAAAGAGGUGGAUUACAGUUUGGAAAUCAUGAAAAAGGAAAGAAAUGACCUGGAGAGGAUGAGGGCUGAAGCAGAUGCGCAGUUGGACCUGCUGGACAAGAGAAAGUCAGAAAUGAUGAAGCAGCAGAAAGAGAUAGAUGACAGUUUGGAGGUCAGGAGAAAAGAGAUAAAUGAUCUUGCGAAGAUUAGGGCUGAAGCUGAUGCAGAAUGGAGCCUGCUGCAGCAGAGAAAGAUGGAAAUAAUCAAGCAACAGAAAGAGGUGGAUGACAGUUUGGAAGGCAUGCGAAAUGAGAGAAAUGAUCUUGUGAAGAUGAGAGCUGACGCUGAUGCACAAUGGAGCUUCCUGGAGCAGAGAAAGUCAGAAAUGAUGAAGCAGCAGAAAGAGCUGGAUGAGAGAUCAGAACUCAUGAAAAAUGAGAGAAAUGAUCUUGCAAAGAUGAGAGCUGAAGCUGAUGCACAAAAGAAACUGCUGGACAAGAGAAAGGUGGACACAAUGCAGCAGCAGAAAGAGGUAGAUUACAGUUUGGAAGUCCUAAGAAAGGAGAGAAAUGAUCUGGAGAAGAUGAGGGCUGAAGAUGAUGUACAAAGAACCCUGCUUGACCAGAGAAAAGCGGAAAUAAUCAAGCAACAGAAAGAGGUCUAUGACAGUGUGGAAGUCAUGAGAAUAGAGAGAAAUGAUCUUGUGAAGAUGAGGGCUGAAGCUGAUGCACAAUGGAGCCUACUAGAGCAGAGAAAGGAAGAAAUAAUCAAGCAGCAGAAAGAGCUGGAUGACAGCUUGGAAGACCUCAGAAAGGAGAGGAAUAACCUGGAGAAGAUGAGGGCUGAAGCUGACGCACAAUUCAGCCUACUGGACAAGCGAAAGGCAGACAUGAUGAAGCAGCAGAAAGAGUUGGAUGACACUUUGGAAGUCGUGAGAAAAGAGAGAAAUGAUCUUGCAAAAAUGAGGGCUGAAGCUGAUGCACAAUGGAGCUUGCUGAACCACAGAAAGGAGGAAGUAAUCAAGCAACAGAAAGAGGUAGAUGACAGCUUGGAAAUCCUAAGAAAGGACAGAAAUGACCUGGAGAAGAUGAGGGUUGAAGCUGAUGCAGAGAGGAGCCUGCUGGACCGGAAAAAGCUGGAAAUAAUUAAGCAGCAAAAAGAGGUGGAUUACAGUUUGGAAAUCAUGAAAAAGGAAAGAAAUGACCUGGAGAGGAUGAGGGCUGAAGCAGAUGCGCAGUUGGACCUGCUGGACAAGAGAAAGGCAGAAAUGAUAAAGCAGCAGAAAGAGAUAGAUGACAGUUUGGAGGUCAGGAGAAAAGAGAUAAAUGAUCUUGCGAAGAUUAGGGCUGAAGCUGAUGCAGAAUGGAGCCUGCUGCAGCAGAGAAAGAUGGAAAUAAUCAAGCAACAGAAAGAGGUGGAUGACAGUUUGGAAGUCCUAAGAAAGGAGAGGAAUGAUCUGGAGAAAAUGAGGGCUGAGGCUGAUGCACAAUGGAAACUGCUGGAGCAGAGAAAGGUGGAAAUGAUCAAGCAGCAGAGAGAGGUGGCUGACAGUUUAGAAGAAAUAAGAAAUGAAAGCAAUCAUCUUGCAAAGAUGAGGGCUGAAGCUGAUGCACAAAAGAACCUGCUGGACCAGAAAAAGCUGGAAAUAAUGCAGCAGCAGAGAGAGGUGGAUGGCAGUUUGGAAAUUCUAAGAGAGGAGAGCAAUAAUCUGGAGAAGAUGAGGGCUGAAAUUGAUGCACAAAAGAACCUGCUUGAGCAGAGAAAGACAGAAAUAAUCAAGCAGCAGAAAGAGGUGCUUGACAGUUUGGAAGUAAUAAGAAAUGAAAGCAAUGAUCUUGUGAAGAUAAGGACUGAAGCUGAGGCUCAACAGAACCUGCUGGAGCAGAGAAAGGUGGAAAUAAUGCGGCAGCAAAAGGAGGUGGAUGGCAGUUUGGAAGUCGUAAAAAAGGAGAGAAAUGACCUGGAGAAAAUGAGGACUGAAAUUGAUAUACAGUGGAACCUGCUGGAGCAGAGAAAAACGGAAAUGAUCAAGCAGCAGAAAGAGUUGGAUGACACUUUGAAGGACCUCAGAAAGAAGAGAAAUGACCUGGAGAAGAUGAGGGCUGAAGCUGAUGCAGAAUGGAGCCUGCUGGAGCAGAGAAAGGCAGAAAUAGUCAAGCAGCAGAAAGAUAUGGAUGAGAGCUUGGAAGUCCAACGACAGCAGAGCAAUAAUCUAGAGAAUAUGAGGGCUGAAAUUGAUGCACAAAAGAACCUGCUUGAGCAGAGAAAGACAGAAAUAAUCAAGCAGCAGAAAGAGGUGCUUGACAGUUUCGAAGUAAUAAGAAAUGAAAGCAAUGCUCUUGCGAAGACGAGGUCUGAAGCUCAGGCUCAACAGAACCUGCUGGAGCAGAGAAAGGUGGAAAUAAUACGGCAGCAGAAGGAGGUGGAUGGCGGUUUGGAAGACCUCAGAAAAGGAGAGAAAUGACCUGGAGAAAAUGAGGGCUGAAAUUGAUAUACAA